CAAGCUGUAGCCUCAGCUCUCAACUUUCAUGAGAAGACGAGACGUAGACUGUCAUGGCGGAGUGUUAGCAACAGGACGCCAUCAGAGGUCUGAAAGAGAAGCAGUAAACAUAGACAUUCCAGAAAUCCUGAAGGCUUGUGAUACAUUUUAGAAACACGUCAUAAAGUCGCCGAUACAAGGUUAAUUUUCAAUGUGAUAGAAGCUUCCUGACAAAAAAAAAAAAAAAACCAAACAAAAACAACAAAACAACACAUUAAUGUGUUAGAGUUGUCGACGCCUGUAUUAUACAAACCUGUUGCCUAUGCAAGAAUGGCUCGGGUAAAAUAUGCAUCAGAUUUUGACAAAUCAGUCUUAUUAAACAAUUUUGAUGCUCGCGGCUGGGUUCAAGUAACACCAGAUGAUGACUGGAAUUUCUAUUGGGCUGGUGUACACAACAUUCGGAAUAUUUUUGGUGUAGAAACUGGAUUUCGAAUGGGAGAUGAUCAAGUGAUCAACCAUUUCCCCAACCAUGUAGAGCUGACACGCAAGGAUCUGAUGGUGAAAAACAUUAAACGUUACCGCAAAGAGUUGGAAAAGGAUGGGUCACAGCUGGCAGAGAAGGAUGAGACUGGCAGAUUUGUGCAUCUGGAUUUUAUUCCCUUGACAUUUAUGCUUCCGGCUGAUUACAACCUGUUUGUUGAGGAAUUCCGUAAAAACCCAAAUACAACAUGGAUCAUGAAACCCUGUGGCAAAGCUCGAGGUAUAGGAAUUUUCCUUGUCAACAAAUUGAGUCAACUAAAAAAGUGGUCACGGGAUGGGAAAGGAAACUCGUUUGUUGCACCAACAGCCAAGGAGACGUAUGUCAUCUCCAAAUACAUCGACAACCCACUGCUGAUCGGAGGCAAGAAGUUUGACCUUCGAUUGUAUGUUUUGGUCACAUCCUUCAGACCUCUCAAGUGCUACAUGUACAAGCUUGGAUUCUGUCGCUUCUGCACUGUCAAGUACAAUGCUAGUGUUAAUGAGCUGGACAACAUGUUUGUACAUCUCACCAACGUCUCCAUUCAGAAACAAGGGGAAGACUACAAUGCUGUUCAUGGUGGCAAAUGGACUGUUGAAAAUCUGCGACUGUUUUUGGAGGGCACUAGGGGUAAGGAGGUCUCUGACAAGCUGUUUGAUGAAAUCAAUUGGCUGACUGUACAUUCUCUCAAGGCAGUUGCUGGUGUGAUAUCCAAUGAUAGGCACUGCUUUGAGUGUUAUGGGUAUGAUAUCAUCAUAGAUGACAACCUUAAGCCAUGGCUGAUUGAAGUGAAUGCCUCCCCGUCCCUUACCUCCACAACCUCCAGUGACCGCAUUAUGAAAUAUAAACUCAUUUCUGAUGUCAUCAACAUUGUCAUCCCUCCUGGAGAGCUUCCAGAUGUUCGGUGGUGUAAAGUACCAGCAAAAGAACAUUAUGGGAACUUUUAUCUUUUAUAUGAUGAGGAUCUUGCACAGGCCGACCUUCUGAACCAAGAAAUCAAGGUGAGAGCUGGUGCAGGCAAUGCUAUGGUGCGUGGGGCACGUGACCUGCGAAAACCCAGUCAGGCCACUUGGAAAUAAGGCCCAAGAACAACAAAACCUAUUCAGAGAUUAAAAAAUAAACACAACACAUACACAGAUGUUUAAAUUUGUUGCAAACAUUGGAGGUAGGGAAAUGAUAGGCAAGGGAGAAGAUUGUCAUCCUGGACCAAUUUUCAGCACAAUGUUGCUGAUUGGACUGUUUUUAUGGAGAUAUACAUUUCUCUUUUUAUAGAUAUUUUCCUGCCUAGACAAAAACAUUAACAUGAAAAAUUGCUUUUGAACUACAGUAUAUAAAUGGUAAACACAUCCAGCUUUUGAAAAUUUGAGUUGCUGCCACAUUGUAUACUUCAUGUUCUUUUUUGAAAGCACCAAGUAGUGAAUGAGGGACAGCCACCAUGCCUGCAACCUUGUGCAAAUUAUCUAGGAUAUGGAGUUGUGAUUUUGGUGUGGAUAAACCUUUCCCUCAUUCUCCACAGCUGACCAUUGUUAUACAAGUGCAAAUUUCAUUCUGUUGUAUACCAUAAUUUGAAAAUGUGAUGCAACUUGUUGUGCACCCUUACUGCUAGUUGCUGUGAAAUUAUUUUACAAUUGUGGUAGUGAUUUAGAGCUUCAUAAAGUUUUGGGAAUACUGCAGCAGCAGUGAUGAUCUUGAUAUUUUUUUAAGUGAAGUUAUCACUGUGUAUAGCAUCGCAUACUUCACCGUUUGCUAAUUACUUUACAUACCGGUCAACUUUGAAGUAAUGUUUGUAAAGAAUCCUACCAGAGAGGCUAACUUGUCUUCAUGGGAGUGGAUUGAACCUUUGACUUCAUAUGCAGGACUUGUAUACUCAAGGAAUUAUGAUGAAGGAAGGAAAGAUAGUAUGCAGUGUAUCUGACAUGAUUGUAUUGACUGCAAUUUGGUUUUUGUGCAUGCAAUGUUAUGAUGUCACAGAAAUAAAAUAUUAGAAAAAAA